GACCGCUUCUGAGACGCUUCGGGACGAGUGGACAACAACAAGGUGGAUUAGCUGUGUGUCUCCUUCUGGUGGUUAUUUAUUUCCUUCCCUUCCCCACGAGUCAGGCGGCGAGCAGUGAGAGCGAGGCGUGGCGGUGCGGAGGAGGCGGGAGGCUGCGGACGAGGCGCUGACAGGACGUAGAACAGACUGACAGAGAGUGUCAUCGCUGCUCCACCAACCAUCAUGGACGGGUGCAAGGUUGCCACUGCUCCUGACACGGGCAUGGAGUCUCAGUUGGGGCUCCAGAAUACCCUGAAGGAGGACACAGUCAGUCAGAGAGUAGAGGAAAUAACACCCAAUGAAGAACAGAAACCCCUAUCUGAGGCACCUGCUGUUGAGAAUGAACCCAAGGAGCAGAAUGGUGUGAAGCAUGAGGGGAGUGCCAAGAAGGAUGCUAAGAGUGAGGAGUCAGAUGAAGACCUCAAGAAGUACAACAGGAAGAUCCCCGAGGAACGUUCAGCCGUCAAGAAAGAUGAGAUAGACGCACACUUUGACAGACUGCCCUGGGUGGUGGGUGCACUGAGCCGUGUCCUCAACCUGGGCAUCAGCUAUGGACCACAGUUUGCUCCCAUCAAUAUCCCAAUCCGUCGCCGCAAGCAGACCUUUGCUGUGCUCUUCUGGAUGUCCACCUUCCUUUUCAUGGGGGCUGGAUCUCUCCUCAUGCUCCUCUACCUCUUCUUCUACACACAGUACUGGUGGGUGUCCCUGUGUUACCUGACUUGGUUCCUUGGCGACCACUCCAUCUGCAGCCGUGGUGGACGCAGAGUGGAGUGGGUGCGACGACUACCCCUAUGGAAGCACUACCGAGACUUCUUCCCCAUCCACCUCAUCAAGACGUGUGAGCUGGACCCCUCCAAGAAUUACAUUAUGGGCUACCACCCUCAUGGCAUCCUCUCGGCCGGCGCCUUCUGCCACUUUGCCACCGAGGGCACAAACUUCAGCAAGAACUUUCCGGGCUUCACUCCCCACCUACUUACCUUGGAGGGACACUUCCUCCUCCCUUUCUACAGAGAGUUCUUCAUGGCCUCGGGUGCUGUGAGCGCCACCCGGGAAAGCAUGGACUACCUGCUGGGCCGGGAGGGAACAGGCCGUGCCCUCUGCCUUGUGGUGGGAGGAGCCAAGGAGUCACUGGACUGUCACCCUGGAGAAGUUUCUCUCCAUCUCAGCAAACGCAAAGGAUUUUGCAAAAUGGCUCUGAGACAUGGGGCCUCACUUGUACCAAUGUUUUCCUUUGGGGAGAAUGAAAUCUAUGACCAAGUUGCUAACCCAGAAGGCUCCCUCAUCCGGCGCAUCCAAAACUUCCUGCAGGGCAUCAUUGGCCUCGCUCCUUGUUUGUUCAUUGGACGUGGUGUCUUCCAGUACAGCUUUGGCAUUGUUCCCUUCCGCAAGCCCAUCUAUACUGUGGUUGGGACUCCCAUAGAUGUGCCACAGGUGAAGAUGCCCACCAAGGAGCAGAUUGUGGCGCUGCACGAGAAGUACGUCAAGGCGGUGGUGGACCUCUACAACAAGUACAAACACAAGUACUCAGAGUUUCCUGAGUGCGAAAUCAAGAUUGUCUGAAUGAGCUCCCCCAGUCUCUACACUGCUACCUUGAUAAUGUAGAAUAGUGCUGUUGUCCAAGGUGUCUUAUACUACUUCUACUACUAUUACUACUACUACUUUCCAGAAACAUUCAUAAGGUAAGCUUUUAAAAUUGUGAUAACCCAUCUCAUUCAUGCACCUGAUAACUGUCAUAAUCAUAUAAACUUAUACAAACAUGUCACAGUAAUUUAUACAUAUAUAGUGAUUUGACAAACUCUUGACUGCUAUAGUUCAUGUCACAAAUCUUGAUAUUUUAUUUGUGUUCAUUGCAUAUUAUAGGAGCAUUUCAUUUAUUGUGUUCAUGUUUACUGGUUCCAAAAAAACAGGGCUAAGAUGUUUGUGUUCUGUAAAUGUCUAACAUGCUAUGCCUGUUUUUUAAGAGGAAACCAAAACUAUGUGAAUGACAGGAUAUGGAAACAAUUCUUUUGUCAGGUCACUUCACCUGGUGUCCUGUUGAUGCACAUGAUGAUGUGUCAGGCAGAAAGAGAUCUUUUAGAUUGUGUGAAUAAUGAAUUACAAAAUGAGAUGAAGGGAAGUACUUUUUUACAGUUAAGUUUUUUUAAAAAUACAUCUAACUAUUGAAGCUAUUAAAUGAUACUUCAGUGUUUCUAGUAAUAGCUUCUAAUUAUGGUUACUCUUAUAUUUCUUCAUGAUAAUUUUGCUCUUAAUAUUUACUUAUGCUGAUCUUUAUUUCAACAUUUUGACUAGUUCAUGACAAUGUUCUCUAUAUUUCUUUAACGUUUACUCAUGACGGCUUCCACAUAAUUGCUUCCAGGUAAGUUAGUGAAUACUGACAUAUGUUAUACCACAGUUGUUAGCAGUCAUAUCAGGUUACUCAGAAAAUGCUGCAUGCAUCACUGGAUAAGAAAUGCAUUUAUUGGUCAAUUUUCUGAUGCAAAUGUUUGUUUUCUGUGCUGUUGCUUUCAUGAACCUGGUGUUAAAGCAUGCAGGAGAGGCAGGAACCAUAUGGCAGGCUAAAAUAUGGUGGGCAAUGAGUGUCUGGAACACAAAGUUGAUUUCUUGUAGUACUACAGAGCACAAACUGAAAUAUGAAAUUUGAGCUUCUGUUAGUCAUAUCAGGGUCUGUUUAUAAUAUGCAGUAUGAAAGUAUUUUUGUAUUACACUACUACCUUACAUGAGUAUUUGAUUUUUACAAUGUAGCAUUUAUCUUUGUUACAGUUCAUUUAUAGUAUACCCCUGCCUUUAAAACAGUGAUAUUUAGAGAGCUUUUAAGUAAAGUAUCCAUGACAUAAAGAAUAAAAUUAAAAGUUGAAGCAUCAGGCAAUCAUUCAGUGUAUAUAUGUGUAUAUCUAAAUAGCUAGCCAUAUACAAGUCUGUUAAAAAGCCUUGUCAAGACAAGGUGAUUACAUACAUGGAUUUACAAACACUCCCUUACAUCUUGGCCACUAGACCGUUAUGGUAUCAGGUGAGGAUCAGAUAUAGGUAUAGCAGAUAUCUAUUUGAAAAUAUAAUUCUCUAUAAUAAUUUUUACUUUGUCCAGAGAGUUAUCAGUAGUAAUUUCUCAGAUAGAGGUGUGAGGCUGAUUCCUUAAUCCUUAUCAGUGCAAUGGUAUCUGUGGAAAGAACAUCAUCUCAACAUGGCAUGAAGUUUAGUGAAAUCUACUCAUGUUUACUCAAGUAUAAAGUUAGAGAUAAUUCAUUGCCUUUCACCUGCCUGUUACAAGAACUUAGCCCAAGAAUAUCUGUUCAUUUGUCUUUAUAGCAGCAUUACUGCUUGGUAAGUGUACACAGCAGUGUUUUUCAAGUUAUUUGUGCCAAAUUUUAUUCAUUGUGGGAGGGAAAUGUUAAUGUCACGUAAAAAUAGCAGAAGUUUACAUGGAUUUUAUUAGUGUAAAAGAUAAUAUGAGUAUGUGAGUGAAAUGAAGGCACCAGUAGAAGGCUUCUUGGAAGGUGUAAAGAUAGGGCAAAUGAGUUGGUGUGAAAAAGCCACUAGUAGAAGAGGAAGACUUGGACAGUUGAGAACAGUGUUUUGAUAGAGGUGGAGGCUCUUUUGCUGUGGUCAACCCUUGGAGAUGCUCCCAGACAAAGCAAGGUGUCAGAAAGAGGUAGAUUGUUUGGUUGAUUGAUAGGAAAAAAUAUUACAGGAUAUAUGCUUGGUACCAUAAGAUUGUGGAUGAAAUUUUUACUGCAUUUAUCUAGAUUCUAGAGAUUUGAUAAUCAUUGCUUAGUUUUGUACUAGUAUCAUCAUUUUUAGUCGUUUUUAAUCCUUACAUUACUUACUCAACCAAGAACCUGUUAUUAUAUUUUAUGUAUCAAUAACUGCAGGUCACUUUAUAAUAUGCCAUGUGUAUGUUGAAUGACUUUUUUUUUUUUCCUUCUAAAUUGUGGCAGUAGAAUUUUUAUUCUUCUGCAAGUGUUUGUAAUAAAAGUCUCAGUCAUAAUUUUUCAGCUGUCAGAAGGUCUGCUAUAUAUUAUUACUUGUGUAUAUGAAUAAUAAGCCACUAGUCUUUGUUCAUUAGUCUCAGUAUGAAUCUUUGGUACUUGGUAAACUCUUAGUCCACAGAUGUAUUACUUCCUUAACUGAUGUCCCUUAAUGGCACCUUGACAUAUACCUACCUCUCUUGCCUAGUCCUGUAACCAGGUUUAUAAGUGAUAAUUUACAACUAGAAGUGUUAUGUGUGGCUAUGUACUAUGACCCAUAUUUAAUUGUUUUAAGUAUUUUGCUGUCAUAUUAUAUCCACUAAGGCAAACACGAAUUAGAAAUACAAGGAAAAGAUGAAAGUGAAGCAGCUGAUAAGGAAAUAUUAAUAUCUAUAUGUACUGACCAAAGUUUUAAGCACAGAACAGAGUAAAACUAUUUCUCCUUUGUCUUGUGUCAGUUGCAUUUCUCAUAAGUGUACUCAGUUAAUGGAUAAAUAGAUUUACUGUUUGCAUGAGGGUGGUAUCACACGUGUAGCAGUGUUUAGAGUCGUAUAUAACUUGCUCAUGUCAAGAGGUUUUCGGCAUUAGAUGGAGGACUAUCCAUCACUCAGGCAAGACACUCAGAAUUAUUGUAACCUUUAGUUGAGUAGUCUCGUCUGGCAUACAUAAAUCACAAAGUCAAGAUAGAAGUUAUGAAUACGGUGCAGUGUUUAGAUGAACAGUAAGGGUAUACUGUUGAGGUGAUGGAUGUAUAGUACUCAUGCAUUAGGAAUACCGAUGUGAUAUCAGACAUCAGAGACCCAGGCCAUAUCAAUAUUCCCCGGUCAGUGAUGAGACAAGGGCAGCAUCAGUUAUAUCGUUGGCGUCCUUUGCAGGAUGUAGCAUGUGGCAUACGGUUCCUCAGCACACCCAAUGAACGUUUGCCUUCUAGAAAGACGCCAGCCAUUCCAAUAACAUAUUUAGCAUAGUUUUGUUCAUGUACUCAUUUAUUAAUGUUACUGUGUUGAGUAAUUGAAUAUACUUAAAUAUCAGACUGACUUCAAACACGGUAAGCUAACUAGUGUAAUGAAUAAUGUUAGGUCACACUUUGAUGUCCCUUAGCAGUGUCAGGAGGUCGUCGUCCACGACACGAGAUUAACCUUGGAUGUGCACACGCAGUAGUAUACCGAGUAGUGAUGGGUUGUCCAUGGCUUCACACCACCCGGUUCUGAUAGCGAUAAUGCCGCCGCUACAAAGAGCAUUACAUUAAGUGAAGUGGCGACGCCGUGGUGGCAGUGAAAUGAAGCUGUCAGAUGUGGGAAGUGUUGGUAGAGAUGCACGCUACAUUAACCUUGCGUACUACGUUUAGCUGUACGAACACACUAAUGAUGUUUUGAACUAUAAUAGCAGAGUUACAUAUGUUAGUAUUUUACGUACGAUAAAAGUUUAAGCAUAACGCACAUGUGCCAAUGAUAUAUCCGUGCAUUAAAUGUUUUCACUUCCUGGUGUGUGGACAUGUUUUGUUGUGUUCCAAAGUAGUCAGUGAAGCUGUUAUUUGUGAAUGCAAUGCAAUACAAAGGUGCAAUGAUGUGUGCUAAAGAUGCAAUUGUAUGUACAUCUAUAAGGAAGUUUUAAGUUUAUCUCGUUUUAUGAUGUCGCUAUAUUUUUGUAUGUAUAUAUAUAUAUAUAGAUAUAUAUAUAUGAAAAAAAAAAAAGAAUGUGUCCUUCAGCUUGUUGUUUACGUCUAUUGUAGAAACAGAAGGGAUGAUUGAUAAACAGUAGAGACAA